UCUACCCAAACCCAUAAACUUUCACGCCUUCUCCUCUCCCCGCCACUGCCUUUUCACGCCUUCUCCUCUUCCCUCCAAACAUGGCCGUCCAACUCCUUCACGAUCCCUCCCUUGCUCACUAGUGAUAGUGAGUCAAUCUCACUCUUGCGUAAUCUGCAGCUAGUACAGAGAAGUUCGAUCCCUUCCUUGCUGGUCAGAAGUUUUAAAUUCGUGAUGGAGCCAAAUCUGAUUUUUGGUGAAGUAGUAGAUAAGAACAGAGCAUUUGAAGACGCUGACGAAGAUGCUUUCAUCUUUGAGGAAAUUAGGGAUUCUUCGGAUGAUCAACAAGUAGAGCAGAUCAUGAUGUUGCAGCCUAAGAAGGGGAUGACGUUCGAUAGUGAGGAUGCUGCUGUUAACUUCUACAAAGAUUAUGCCAAAAAAGAGGGAUUUGGUGUAAUAAGAAGAACCACUAGACAUGGAGAAGAUAGCAAGCUUGUUUAUUUUACUCUUGCUUGUAACAGGCAAGGGAAGGCUCAAUAUUCAUCCAAGAACUCAUUUAAACCUAAUCCAUCAACGAGGAUGCAAUGCCCAGCUAAGAUUAAUUUCUCUCGUUGUGAGGAGAAGUUCUGCAUUACAUCUAUUACGCUUGACCACAAUCAUCCUAUAAGUCCAAGUAAAGCCAGAUUUCUGAGAUGUCACAAGAAACUGGACUUGCAUGCCAAGAGAAGGCUGGAAUUGAAUGAUCAAGCAGGAAUUCGUCUGAAUAAAAUUUUUGGUUCACUUGUUAUGGAAGCUGGUGGGUAUGGUAAUCUUGAGUUCGGUGAAAAGGAGUGCAGGAACUAUUUGCAAGAGACAAGAAGGCUGAAACUUGGUGCCGGAGAUGCACAUGCUGUCUACCAAUAUUUUCUUCGGAUGCAAUCAAAAGAUCCUGACUUUUUCCAUCUUAUGGAUGUGGAUAAGGAUGGAAGACUGAGAAAUGUCUUUUGGGCAGAUGCAAGAAAGGUUGAUGCAUACCGUGCUAGCCAUGCUGUUCAAGUACAGGCAGAAGAUCCAACAUCAAAGCAUGAAGAUACAAUGUUAAACAAAGAAAAACUUGUACUCAGUCCAAUCCCUGUUCGCAGUGCAGGCCGUCCUCGUUCAAAGAGAAAGAUAUCUAAAGUGGAUCAAGUGAUCCAAAAAUUGAGAGCAAAGAAGCGGCAGGUGCCAACAAGUACAACCGAAGUGCAGACUCAUAAGGGGAGAAAGAAUUACGUCAGCAAAUCAAAAAGUGGGCUCCAGAGUUCAAAACAAACAGAGGGAAAUAUUCAAUAUGAAGGAUAUGGGGCUGGAAGUACUUGGUUCUUUCUAAAUGAGUUUCAGGAACUACAAACAGAUGAGCAUGCUACCCCAACUCAUAUCAUUUCUUACAUUGAUAUUCUCCAGGGAAAGAAAAAUGCCAUGGAUCUGCUAGCUGCCAACCUGAAGGAAUGAAAAAUACAUGCUCUGGAGUCUGUUGUACUUCUGAAUGGAUUUGACGACAAUGUCACUUAUAGCAUUGGAGGCCUCCAUUUAUUUUCAUUAAUGUAAUCGUAUUGUGAG